AUGGCCACAACAAACACCACCACCGUUAAAAAUACACCUGAAGAUAAACAGAAAAAAAAUGAAAAACGCGCAAAACGUAAUAGUUUUAAACGUAUUAAAAAAGAAGGCGAAAUUUUUGUAAAAAGUUUAUUUGGCAAAGAAAAAACUGAUAAAUCUAACAACAAGAAACAAGACUUUGUGCCUCCAAGCCCUCGAACAAAAUACGGAAAAACACGUGGUAAUGAUGAUCAACAAAGAGUAAAUACUUAUCCAGUAUCAGAUGAUGAUAAUUUAAAAUCAAAAACAAAAGCUCGUAAUAGACUUAGUAUAAAUUUGGCUGACCUUAUUAAAUCAGAUGAUGAUAAAAAAGAAAUGGAAAAAAGACGUAGAACUUUUCAUUUCACCGAUAGUCAUAAAGAUAUAGAUUUUGCCGUUGACAACAUUAAUGAUAAUUCUUCAUCAGAUCCAAAAAAUGUUCCUACUAUAAAAACAAAUCUUAACCCGAUAUUAUCCACCACUCAAUAUGAUUCUCCAAUUGUUGAAACCCUUCAUAUCAGUAGUGCAUUUUCACCUAUCACCAACAUGAGUAACAAAGAUGAAAAGACAAUUAUUCAAAAUGACAAUUUAAUUACACCAGUACAAAAUCUUGCAAGAGAAUCAACAAAUGAUGAUAGCCAACGAAGCUUACAACAAUCAAGAUUUACAGACGAUUCAUCGAGAAUUAGCACUUUUUUCUCAGACUUCUUCAACUUCAACUUUUUCUCUGACAACACAGAAUCUUCACCAACAACAACAUCAAGUUUAUACAAAGAACACCCUUGUCGAUACAUUGGUGGUUAG